CAGGGCGAGACGUGGCCGGAAAUGACGGCGGGAGCGCGCGGCGCGGCGCGGACAGCAGUGGGUGAGCUGUCGGUUGGAGCGAGGAGGGCGGCUGAGCUAUUUACAAGACUGAAGUUACCUUGACUUUCUGAAGAUGCAGUUUCAAGUGUUUGUCAGCUCUACUUUUGUUGUGCUGUGCUUCGCACAUGUUCAUCAUAAACACGAGAAAACUCUUUCUGAUGGCCACUAUAUGGAUGGUGAGCAUAAUGCACAGUUCGAUAGAGAUGCACUUUUUGGCGGAGAGAAUGAUGCAGGUGAAUUUGCUAAACUGAAACCUGAGGAGCAGCAAUCCCGGCUUAAAUCCCUCAUCAGGAAGAUGGAUGCAGAUUCAGAUGGCUACAUAACCAAAGAUGAGCUCAGUGCAUGGAUCCAGCAAUCAUUCAGACAUUAUGCCACAGAAGAAAGCAAAGAACAAUUUCCUGAGCAUGAUCUGGAUGGUAAUGGAGUUCUUAGUUGGGAAGAGUAUAAUAUUCAUAGUUAUGACCGAAUGCUGAAUUAUGAUGAGAAUACCCCACUGGAAGAUGAAGAGGAAGAAUCGCUCAGACAGAUUUUUUUGAAGGAUAGAAAGCGCUUUGACCACGCAGACAUUGAUGGCGUGCCUGGACUGACUUUGGAAGAAUUUGUUGCAUUUGAACACCCAGAAGAAGCUGAUUAUAUGACGGACUACGUCAUACAGGACGCUUUAGAUGAACACGACCGUGACAAAGAUGGAUUUGUGAGCUUGGAGGAAUUCCUUGGCGACUAUAGGAAAGACCCAGGCGCAGAGGAUGAUCCUGAAUGGGUAACUGCAGAAAAGGAUCGGUUUGAAAAUGAUUAUGACAAGGACAAGGAUGGCAAACUUAAUAGACAGGAACUUUUGUUGUGGAUUGUUCCGAACAACCAGGACAUCGCGCUAGAUGAGGCCGAUCAUCUUGUGAAAGAAAUGGAUACAAAUGGAGAUAAGAAACUCACAGAAGGAGAAAUAAUGGCUAAUCAAGAUCUCUUCCUCAACAGUGAAGCAACCGACUAUGGUAGCCAACUACAUGACAAGAAAUUCUAUCAUGAAGAACUCUAGUGCCAAUAAUCCUCCAGUGCUAGGUUUGUUUCUGUGAAUAAUUAAAUUUCUUAGACCACAUUCAAUGAAACUUAACAGUUGGACAAGCUCUAAUCAUUAAUAAGCUUUAAUAGAAUAAAAUGAGCAGUCAAAUAGAUUUUAACAAUGUUACGCCUGUUACAAAAAACCUGCAUUCCUACUAUUCUACUUGCCUUUGACGGUAAUCUUGUUCAUUCCUGUUUCACUUGUGUUGUCAUGAAGGGAAUUCCCUAAAUUAGUGCAGACACUAUUGCCUUUGAGAAUAUUUUUAGUCAUUACAAAAUGGUAUAGGUACCUUUUGAAACCAAUGUUAAUAUUUUUAUAAAAAGUGGAGUCUCAACUUUCACUGUCAUAAGGCACUACAAUAAAUUUCAAAUAUUUCUGAGUAAGGAAACUUCCAUCUGCUAAUUAGUUUAAAAUUUUAAAAUGCAUACAUACUGAGCAGAUAUUUAGGAAAAAAAACACUAGUUAAGACAAUGAGGCCUGGUUUCUUGUUCCCAUUAGCUUUUCUUUAAUACAUAGCUUUAUGAUUUUGCCUCAAAAAUUUAGGAAUUUCUUCAUAGGAAAUCCAUUAUUAUAAUGGGUAUGGAUUAUUUUAAACACCUAUACUUAGCACUUAAGCUGCUACUUCACUUAGCAGAGGAAAAAUAAUGUGAACAUAUCAACCAUUGUAGUCAAACGUGCUUUCUAGAUUCAAUCUAAAAGCAUAGUUGGAAGAAAACAGCAUCGUAGCUUGUACCAACUGUUAACUCCAUUAUCAGGAACCAAAGAAAAAUCUGGACGUGGAUGAUCUGUGAAAAGUGAAGACCCCAGCAGUGAUAUUCUUCACCAUGAAAAACAUAACAUUUACAAAAAAAGUAUUUUUGAAAAUCCCCAAAACAUUUAUGAAUUUAAAACAUUACUUGAAACUUGACAUAGCCUAUACUACCUUUUUGGAUGAAUUCUUUUGUUGUAACUUUCUACUCAAAUUGUUUAUAAUACAGUGCAUUAAGAUAGAUGGCCAAAUAAUUGCCUAGUCUGUGUUUUAAUUGUUUAAAGUUACCAAUUAAAGAAAUUCAAUCCUACGGAGUUGCUAUACACUUUCUAAUUUUACUCUAUAAUUUAUUAUUUGAGCUAAUUUAUAUUUCAGUGGCAUCACUUGAUGAUCCACUCAAACCUGUCUUUGUAAGAUGUUCUUUCUUGGUUUACACUUUGUCAAGGACGGGAAGGGAAUGGCCAUUUCAGCCUGGGUUUUCUGCAAAAUUCAAUGUGUACUUCCUGAUAAAUGUUAUUUCUUUAAUGGAAUUGAAUCCAGAACCUAGUUACAUUUGUACUUUUCUUUAGACUCCCUUCCUCUUGAGCUAAUAUGCCCAGUACUCUAAACUCUGUUCAGUGCCACUUGUGUGUUCCAAAAUGAAAAUAAUGUUACAGUGCUGUCAGUCGCAAAUAAAUAGAAUUGGCACAAAGUCUGCAUGACUAACAUCGCAGAAUUAUUAAUGAUUUGGUUUCUGCAGUAAACUGGUUUCUUGACUCGACAGUGCAGCAUCCACAAAUAUCAGCUUGACACCUCUAGACUGGUUAUGUUCAUACAAUUAAUUAGUAUGCAUCCUGUUUUUGUUCUGUGCAGAAUAUUUUGAAGUGCAAAGCUACUGAAGAUGUGCUCAGCUUUAACUUUCAUAUCAGUGUUUCUGUAGUUCCGAUCUAUUACUGAAAUGUUGUUCCUAAAACUAAACAGUUCUGUUUUGUUCAAUAUAUGAAGUACUCCACUAUCAGCAUUGUAUUCUCAAUAUGGUAUAGACCUAUAUUUCAGUGAUUGCAGCUGGCUAAUUAAUCUUUGAACACUUGAAUCUGCAUCUGCAGUAACUACAUUAACAUUGGAUAUUCAUAUGAUUUACAGUUAAAUUUAAAGAUCUGUAUUUUCUCAUUUUUAAUUUCGAUUUUUAAUUUAAUAUCUAUUCCUUUUCUUGUAUACACUGAUCAAGGUGACUUAUAAUAAGAUAAUUGUUUUUUAUUCAUUCCUUUGGUUAUUUGUUAAUGAUUCCAUAUUACCCUUUUAUAGUGACCAGUACUGCUGCUGAGAUCAACAGGAAAAAUGUUUCAGUUAGACUUACUAUGUAAAUAUUGAACCUGUGGAAGGCAUUAAUGAAUCAUAAAGAUAUGGAAAAGGUCGAAGCGGCUUCAUUGACACACUGCACUUGAGGGGGGGAGGGGUGCUAAAGAAUCUUAAUACGAGUCAUAACAAAGUAUUUUUUUUAAUCCGCUGAAUGUUAAUACUUCAUAACAGCAGCAUCUGAAUGUUCAAGCUGUAACUUAAUGUGUUAUCAAUGAAGUAAUUAAUACUUCAGAGAUCUCUUUUGAUGAAUAACCUUGUUACUUUUUUCACUGAAGUUAAGGAAAUGUUUCCUUUUACAAAGUUAUGAUACCUUUUGAUGAGUCUUGUCUAGUUUUCUGGUUUAGAACCAAGAUGACAACCUGACUAUAUCUUAAACCAAUACCACUACACCCUGUUGUUUAAAAUUAGAUGUUUGCCUAAAGUUCAAUUAAAAUCCUGUGAAAAAUAA